CCCGUCCCGGCCCGUCCCGGCCCUUCCCGGCCCUUCCCGGCCCCGCCCGGCCCCCUGCGGGAGCCGCCCCGGCCCACCCCGCCAUGCCCCCCAAGAAGCAGCAGCAGCCGGCGGGGGGCAGCAAGAAGGCGGACCAGAAGAAGAAGGAGAAGAUCAUCGAGGACAAAACAUUUGGCCUAAAGAAUAAAAAAGGUGCAAAGCAGCAGAAGUUUAUCAAGGCUGUCACUCACCAGGUUAAGUUUGGUCAGCAGAAUCCACGUCAGGUUGCUCAGUCAGAAAGUGAGAAGAAACUAAAGAAAGAAGAUAAGAAAAAGGAAUUACAAGAACUAAAUGAGCUCUUCAAGCCCGUGGUGGCUGCACAGAAAAUUAGCAAAGGUGCUGACCCAAAAUCUGUAGUUUGUGCUUUCUUCAAGCAAGGCCAGUGCACUAAAGGAGACAAGUGCAAGUUUUCUCAUGAUUUGUCCUUGGAAAGGAAGUGUGAAAAACGAAGUGUCUACAUUGAUGCAAGAGAUGAAGACCUUGAAAAAGAUACAAUGGACAACUGGGAUGAGAAGAAGCUGGAAGAAGUGGUGAACAAGAAGCAUGGUGAGGCGGAAAAGAAAAAACCCAAAACCCAAAUAGUCUGCAAAUACUUCCUUGAUGCUAUUGAAAACAACAAAUACGGAUGGUUUUGGGUCUGUCCAGGUGGAGGAGACAACUGUAUGUAUCGCCAUGCCCUCCCUCCAGGCUUUGUAUUAAAAAAAGACAAAAAGAAGGAAGAAAAGCAAGAUGAAAUUUCAUUAGAAGAUCUAAUAGAAAAGGAGCGUGCUGCCUUAGGACCAAAUGUUACCAAAAUUACUCUAGAGUGUUUUAUUGCAUGGAAGAGAAGAAAAAGACAAGAAAAAAUUGAUAAGGCUGAGCAAGAUAUGGAGAGGAGGAAAGCAGAUUUUAAAGCUGGCAAAGCGUUGGUGAUCAGUGGACGUGAAGUGUUUGAGUUCCGGCCAGAGUUGGUUGAUGCAGACGAUGAAGAAGCAGAUGACACCCGUUAUGUUCAAGGAGCAGGAGAUGAUGAUGAGACAGAAGACCCCGUGUGCAUAAAUGAUGUAGAUUUGAACCUGUAUGUCCCCAAGGCAGUAGAGGAGACUGGUAUUACAGUGGCUAGUCCAGAGCGAUUCAGCACAUACGCUUCAGUAGAAAAAGAUGAUAAUAAAUUAAAUGAAGCUUCUGGUGGUGAUAUAAACAACAGCGAGCAAAAUGAUUUAGAUGAAGAUAAUGAUGGAGAUGAGGAACUGGAAAAUGGAGUCAUUGAUGCAGUUCCAGUUGAUGAAAAUCUCUUUACUGGAGAGGACUUGGAUGAACUAGAAGAAGAACUAAACACUCUUGAUUUAGAAGAAUGAACUAAAAAGCUCCAGUGAGGAAUUAAACCUAUGUGAAAACUGACUACAUUUUUUUCUCCUUUUUGAAUAGAAUUCUUAAACAAGAUGUUUAUGGUUAUGCAGCUGAAUAUGAUGGGCACGUGAUAUACGAGGAAUGUUUUCCUUCAAUCUCAUCUACUCCAGUCUUGGCUAUGCUCACAGUAAAACGUUCAGAGUAGUGCAGAAUUACCCGACAGCUGAAUUUGCAGACAGUGAGAUUUAAACUUCCAACUAAGAGUAGGAAGUGUAACUGCUUUGCCAGUAUGCAAGUGGGCAAUUUGACAUCAGGUACAGUACAAAAAUCCAAGUAUACAUUCUUCACAAAAAAACCCACAUUUUUGUUAGUGAUUGUGUUGAUUUAGAAACUGCCUGAAGAGGUUUUUAGGCAUGGUACUCUAAUGGAGCUGAUGCAGAUUAUGCUUCUUUAAGUGGUGAUUAGCUUUAUUUGAUCAGCUGGAUACUGAAGAUUGUGAACUGAUAUUUCAUACAAUACCAGUACGGUGCCCUCUGUUUAAAAUGUUUUAAACUUUCCCACCACCUUUUGCCAAUAAAUCUGUAAAUAAAAAUAAUCAACUUUAAA